GCUCUGCGCAUGUGCGGCACCAUCUCCCAGGAGCCCUCUGGGGAGGUCUUGGCGGAGGUAGGGAGAACUGAGGCCGAGAAGCGCCUCCGCUCGAAAGGCUCUGACCAAGGGGAAUCUGAAGGUGAAUGGAUCACUCUGGCUCCUGAGUUUUCUGCUACUUUAUCUGAGUUUACCCGCUGUGUAAAGGAGCUCAGGGGUCCUCUGUACCUCUUCGGCGACUUCUCUGAGGAAGAGUGCGGCGCUCAGCCCGCCAUCAAAGACUGGUCGACAGCUUCCACUCUUCGGGCCACCGAAUGGCUGGGAACAACCGCUGGGUGGUCUCCGACUGUUUCUCCGUGGACUCUAGCACAGAAAAUGGAAGUCAGAGUGAUGAGAAAUAAGCAGUGUCUUCGAAGAAAAAGAAAAAGGAUUCAAAAGCAAGUGUUACGGACAGAUUGUAUCCCCCUAAAUAUGAAGCAGAAGGUGCUCCACUUCUUACGUUGAAGCCCCCGUGUCCCUCAUGUGACUUGUAUUUGGAGACAGGGCCUUAAG